AUCGCUCGUAUGGAAUGGCCCUCAUCAGUCGCGGCGGAUAUCGCGGCGGAGGAGGCGGCCUACGCGGAGCGGCGGCGGCUGGAAACCCUCGCGGGACGAAGCGUCCGCGACGUCAACGUCGCGAGGAGCCGCGCGGGCCCCGUGCCGUUCGACAGCGCCGCGUUCCACGCGGUGGCCGCGAAGAGGAAGCUCGAGAUCGUCUCGAAGCAGUGCCUCGCGAGCGUGAAGCAGGUGAUGUCGCACAAGUGGUCGUUUCCCUUCGUCAAGCCCGUCGACGCGGCGGCGCUGGGGCUGGAAAACUACCACGACAUCGUGAAACAGCCCAUGGACCUCGGGACCGUGCGCGCGAACAUCGAAAAGGGUGGCGUGUACGCCGCGUGCGAGGAGGUAAACCGAGACGUCGAGCUGACCUUCGCCAACGCGAUGCUCUACAACGGCGCGCAGACGGACGUUCACGUCAUGGCGGCGACGUUGAAACAGUUUUGGGAACCUCGCUGGGCGGUGAUCCAAGAGAAGGUGGCGGAGGUGGACGAGAGCAUGACCGCGGAGAAGGAGAGUGCGGAGAAGAAGAGCGCGGAGAUGCACGCGCGGCAGACGCUCGCGGCGGAGGAGAUGCGCUGCGCCGGGCUCAUGGCGGAUCUCGACCAGCUCAAGCGAUCGCUGGAGGACCUGAAGCGGACGUCGGUGCGGAUCACGCGGCCGAUGGACGAGCGAGAGAAGAAGCGGCUCGCGAACACGAUGAUGAAGCUCCCGCGGCGGUACCGCGAGGAAGCGCGCGACGUCAUCGCGGAGACGGAGGGGGAGCACAUGGUGCCGGUGGAGGCGGUUGCGCGGUGGGGGGAGAUUUUGGAAGAUUUGCCGCGGUUUAGCGCGGUGGCGCAUCGCAGGCUCGCGUUGUUCGCGAAGAACACGCGAAGGAACGCGACGCGGGGGAUCAUCGGCGGCGGGCACGGCGUGGAGGGCGACUGGUUCUCCGAGAGCGACGAGGAGGAGGAACCGGAACCGGAACCGGAACCGGCGGCCGACGCGAUCGCGAGCGCGAAGAUGGAGGCUCAGAAGAAGGAUGACGCCGCGGACGACGCGAAGACCGCUGUUCGUAAGGACGGCGUCGAGGACGAGACCGCGACGAACGGCAGCGACGGCAGCAUGGAGGACGAGACGCUCGCGCUCGCGGCGGCGGCGGCAGCGGCGGCGGCGGCGAAGUCGACGACGAUGGACGUCGGCUUCGCCGGCGGCUUCGCAUCCGGCGUCGGCGGCAGCGUCAGCCUCGGCGGCGGCGGCGCGGCAGCGGCGGCGGACGAUCCGCUGCUCGCGCUCGUCGGCGGCGGAAUGGGCGGGAUCGGGAUCGGGAUAGGCGGCGGGGACGGAUGGCACGCCGCCGCGGCGAACCCGGAACUCAUGGAGGUGGUGCGCGUUGCGUCCGGGCCGCACCUGGCGUGAGGAGAGGAGGGAGUUUUACGACGGAUGGCGACGACCGACGACGUUCAAUUUUACGUCCCCCGUCCUCGUCGGAGGAGACGACGCGGGAAGGCGGAAAACAAUUUAGCACGCGCGCGAACGCCGGUCGACACGGUUAACGCAUUGUUAAUACGAACCGACCGAGGUAGAAG